AAAAUAACACCUCCUCUUGUUCAGCACCUAAAGUCGAAGGAUAGCUCUGGCCUUUCAAUGGAAGAAAUUGCUAGAUUUGUUAGUGUUGUAUAAUAAUAUAACUUAUCACCAGGUUCCAUUUUUUUUGAACGAUCGCAGUCUUUAUUUAUUGAGAAAGACAGAAGUGGCGUCAAACAUGCGUAAAAAUCAACGCUGUCCAAGCACGGAACCACCGAGAAAGGAAUUAUCGCCGCUCAUCUGAGGCCAAUCUUGAUUAUUUAUUUUUUUUAAAUUAAGGAAUCACAACAUAGCUAGCUAACGUUAGCUCUGUUGGUAGCCAAGUAAACGAUAUAUCCUCAAAUUAAAACAGAGUCGUUUAUUUAAGAUUGGAUCUACGUUGGUUCAGCAGCUGGAAAACCUCUAAGGAACAAUGGGCGCAUUCCUGGACAAGCCGAAAACAGAGAAACAUAGUGCCCAUGGAGAGGGCAAUGGGCUGCACUAUGGCCUGAGCUCCAUGCAAGGCUGGCGGGUGGAAAUGGAGGAUGCCCACACAGCCGUGGUUGGCCUUCCCCAUGGACUCACCGACUGGUCCUUCUUUGCCGUCUACGACGGCCACGCGGGUUCUCGGGUGGCCAACUACUGUUCUGCACACCUGCUGGAGCACAUCUUGUCAGGUGGGGCUGAGUUUGGUCAGGGGCCAAGCUCGGUGGAAGGUGUGAAGGAUGGCAUCCGCUCUGGGUUCCUGAACAUUGAUGAGUACAUGCGCAACUUUUCUGAUCUGCGGCAAGGGCUGGACCGCAGCGGAUCUACAGCUGUUUGCGUCCUGCUCAGCCCAACGCACCUCUACUUCAUUAACUGCGGCGACUCGCGGGCCGUGCUAAGUCGAGAUGGCAAGGUGGGCUUUUCUACUCAGGAUCACAAGCCCUGCAACCCCCGCGAAAAGGAGCGCAUACAGAAUGCCGGUGGCUCAGUGAUGAUCCAAAGGGUAAAUGGCUCUCUGGCUGUGUCUCGGGCUCUGGGGGACUAUGACUACAAAUGUGUGGACGGUAAGGGCCCCACAGAGCAGCUGGUGAGCCCUGAACCAGAGGUUUGUGUGCUAGAGCGGGCAGCCGAAGGAGACGAGUUUGUGGUGCUGGCCUGCGAUGGCAUCUGGGAUGUGAUGUCCAAUGAGGAGCUGUGCGAGUUUGUACGCUCACGAUUGUUGGUCUGUGACGACCUGGAGAAGGUCUGUAACUCAGUGGUGGACACCUGCCUUCAUAAGGGGAGCAGAGAUAAUAUGAGCGUGGUGUUGGUAUGUUUUCCCGGGGCUCCCAAAAUCUCAGAAGAAGCUGUAAAGAAGGAAGAGGAAUUGGAUAAAUAUCUAGAAACCCGUGUUGAAGAGCUUCUGGGAACCUGCGGGGAAACGGGAGCCCCUGACUUGGUGUCUGUCCUAAGGAGCAUCGCCUCAGAGAACAUCCCUAACCUUCCACCUGGUGGUGGCCUGGCCAGCAAACGGAGUGUGAUAGAAGCAGUGUACAACAGGCUGAAUCCUCACAGAGAAGAAGAAGGGGCCCCUUCGGGGGGAGAGGAGGAGAGUGAGGAGGGAGGUGGCAGCAUGUCAGCUCACCUGCUGGAAGCGCUGCGGCAGUUCCGCCUUCACCACCGGGGACAGUACCGCACAGUGCUGGAAGAGUCCCUGGCUACCUACCACCUGCAGGGGGAGAGCUCUGUGAGGGAAGAAGGAGAGAGUGAUGACGACCAGGAGCGACCUGCCUCCCCUCCCUCCCCCCCUUCACCCCCUCCCUCCCCUGUCACAGGAGAGCCAGAGAGCAGUGAAGAUGGCUCCGCCCCAAAGUCCGAUGACUGCUCUGAAUAAACACCCAUCCACCGCUCACUAAUGCCAUUCCAGUUAUCAGAUGUGCUGUGAUGUUUCUUCUUGCUUCAUCACAUAAACAGAACUUGAAAGGACACACUGGCCAUCGCUCAUUAAUGAAAAAACGGAAAAAUGGCCCUAGUUUGUUUCAAAUUCUGUCCCUGAAACUCAUUUGGCGUUAUACCCUCCACAUGUAGCAAGAAUUAGUUUCUAUCCACCUUGGCUUAGUUUUCCAAACAAGUUAGCCUAUUCUGCAGUUUGUACUUUAUGCCUUAGUCACAACUGCCGCUACAGGUUGAUGCGGGCUGUUUGCGGGCAGAAAAUGGGCACGCCUGAACGGGGCUCGCAGGUGGCAUGGUCAAAAUUUUAAUAUUGUAGACCAUUCGAUGAACCCUCAGAGCCAAAAUGGACAGGUCGUAGUAAACACAUGAACACUGUGUAAGGGCACAUCAUUCCGAUUGUUCCUUUUUUCAAUACCCCAAACCCUGAGAACUCUAUUUGUUCGUCCGUUGUACACUAUGCGUUCAGUUUGACUGUUAGAAAUGAGAAAAUUAGACAAUCAGAGUGUACAGUAGUUUGUGUGGGUAUUCAAUAGGUGUCCUAUGGGCACUUGUGUAUCACCUGUGUGUCCAAACUUUUGGUCUGUACUGUACAUGCAGCAUUCACACACGGUCAGUAUGGAACCAGUAUUCGCACCUUACUAACAAUUAGAGUGCGACGUAAGCAUACCAUAUGACAGCAUCACCUGUGCUCAAUAAGUAUGUGCAACUUGCAUCAUCUUUACAAACAGUUCACUAUGCACGACAAUAGUACGUCCCAAUUUCACAAUGCCCCUUAAGGUGGUCAUACAAGCCUCAAGGGUACUGCAAGACACACCUGCGAUUCCUUUAAGGAGCGGCUGCUCCUGUCCACGAUCCUCCAUCGGCCCGGACAACCCCAAAACUAAAAGCAACGGUACAGGCUGUGACUAAGGCCUUAAAUACAACUUGCCAAAGUGAACGUCAUGUUCUAAUACCAACAUUUUCCAAUAAAUCCUUGUGGAUGACUCUCCAACCCGCAUUUUCUCCUCUUGCUCCCCCACCCAAGCUUCACCCCAAAGCUGACAGAGAACAGGAGUGGAGACACUGAACAUGCUCCGUUGUCUCCAAGCCUCCUCCAAUCUAAAGACUUUAGAACGGUCCUCUCUGUGUAUGCGUGCGUCUGACCACGAGAACAAUCAACACUCCUCUUUUUUGUGUGUGUUUUUUUGUGGUUGGUUGUUGUAUCCUGAAGUUGCCCCUUUUUAAAAAAUCUUUUGGUACUAAACCCUGUGAGUCUCCUCAGCCAUCAGGACCCAUAACAUUGCCGAACACAUUCCUGGUUUCUUUCGUUCAUGUUGUACAAAUGUGUCUGUUAAGAUUUCUUUACACAAAUGAAGACAGACAUUCUAAUCCAAACACAUGAAAUGUGAGCACUUUUGAUUUUGGGGAAGUGAAAGAACAAAUAUCAGCAGAAUUUAAUCAUCUGCCUUCAUCUCAGAACACAGUGGAGCUUCAGCCCAUGUGUUCUGAAGAAUUCAGAGUUGCGCUAAACUAUAGAGCACUUUUGCUUUGGUCUAAUAUAUUCACUAGACUUUAAAGGAUUUCCUGCCAAUGUGCAAGAUGGAGAUUUUUUUUGCGUUAUAUUCUUUACUUUUGUUGUUCUUUUUUUUUUUGACAUGUGUUUUAUUCAUUUAAAAGACAGCUGUAAAAAAAAAGGCCUUCAUCAAUAACUCGGCAUCCAUUUCUGAAUGUAACAGAGCUGCCCUCGCUAGUUUUUCAGUGCGUCUUCUGACUGUGUGACAUUUAAUUCACUUUUUUGUUGUUGUCUGUAAUCAAAAGUUUUAUCCAUCAGCACUGAACUCCCAAUGUAAAGCUCUUAGAGCUCCAUGGUGAGAUUAUACUAAGCACUGUACGUUUGCAUUUAAAUGACUAUUUGUCCUGCAAACAACAAAUAAAUAAAUAAUGAGGUACGAUGA